AGUCAACUUCAUGUAUAUACAUUGAUCCUUCUUCAUACUGUCCAACUUCUAUUAUACGCUACUUCAUUCAAACUUCGUAAUUAGCCAAUGUUACCGGUCGACAACAUGACUUCUCCAACCCUUGAGUUUAACUACGAUAUUUCCUGCCCUUUCGCCUACAUAGCAUCCACCCGCGUCAGAGCACUCGCCGAGCGAACAAAUGCAAAGCUCAUCUACCGACCUGUACUUCUGGGCGCUAUUUACCGCGCAACAGCCGCACCACAAGGUGCUGGUGGCUCGGCAUCAGAUGUCUUCAAUCCUACUAAGAAAGCCGUGACUGGGAUGUCCAUGCAAAGGACACUGAAGAGAUAUAAGAUCAAGUACAACCCGCCGCCACAACAUCCACGGAAAACUGUCAAUGCACUGCGGUUGCUAUACUGUGUAGAAGAUGACAGGGAGAGGAGAGUGUUGAGUGAUGCGCUAUUCAAAGCGUAUUGGGUUGAAGGCAGGGAUGUCAGUGACAGCGACGUGAUAUUACAAAUUGUAAAGGAGAGCGGUAUAAAGAGUGCUGCGACCCUUAGCACAGCGAGUUUCAACGAUGCAAAUGCAAGGAAGCAGCUAGAAAUUGCAACAGCAGAAGCCAUCGAAAGAGGAGCCUUCGGUGUCCCUGGAUUCUGGAUUCCUGGCGCGCAGUGGACAGACUUCAGCGGCGGACCUCAAACAGGACGAUUCUUCUGGGGGCAGGACCGCAUGCACUUUGUCGAAGCUACGCUACUCUCCCUCCAACAGAACAACGAAUGGAACCGCGUGUCUAGUUUACGAAGUUUGAUGCCUAGGUCCAUACCCUCGAACAAAGUCCACGGGAAAGUAAAGUUGGAGUUCUGGUACGACUUCAGCAGUCCCUGGGCCUUUCUCGGCUACACCCAGCUUGAGCGGCUAAAGCGAACAUUUGGUCACGCGCUCGAAGUCGAGAUGAAGCCGUUCUUACUCGGCAUUCUGUUCAGAGAAAUUGGAGCCCCGAAUUUACCGAUGGCUGCGGUGAGUCCGGCGAAAGCACUAUGGUCGAGACAAGAUCACGCGGACUGGUCUAAGUACUGGAACGCCGUAAAUGCCCAGGAUGGGGAAAAGGACAAGAGCAUUGAUUUUCAUUGGGCGGAUAUAUUCCCCAUCCGGACACCUACUGUGCUCAGAGUUGCUAUUGUGGAGCCUAGGACUGUUCCGCUGCUGUAUUCUGCCUGUUGGGAGCACAACGCCAACGUCUCGGAAGAAUCUGUACUCGCCGAGGUCCUUGACAAAGGGGGCUACAACGGCGCAGAUCUCAUUGCUAAAUCGAAUACGCCGGCUAUCAAGACAAAACUGAGAGAGCUUACUGCUGAGGCGAAAGACAAAGGGAUUUGUGGCGUGCCUACGUAUCGCGUUCUUAGAGAUGAUGGGGGUGGGGAGUGGAAACUUGCAGGUGGUCUUGUCUGGGGUCAGGACGAGAUUGGUGUUGUAGAGGAUUUGAUUGCGGGCUGGGAACCCGAGCGUUCGAACGAGCUUGCUGAACCGCGGAAAGUGGAUUAUGGUGGUGGAAAUGUGGGGGCAAAGUUAUGAGAACUGUAGUUUCGCGCAUAUUAGUGUGAACAAAGUAGUAGCUUAGUGUUCACAGAAUGAGUAACCAGACUCAUAAUGCCAAGCAACGAUAUUGAAUGUUACAGAUAUCGGCUAGCGAUUGGUAGCUGAAUAAGCGUGCUUUUGCGUUUGUGUCAGAAGGAGAGUGGCAAACGCACUUCAAUUUGCCGAUAGUUUAACGGGAG